GUCAUGCAAAGGAGACGAAAGAUGAAACCUCCAACUAAAAUGAUGAUUUUGCCCUUCGUUACGUCACCUUUUUGGCGUUCAUUUGCUGUAAUUGGAGAUGAUGUCCGAGAGUGAAUUGGGGAAGGAGAGGAAAGGGGAGGGGAGGAGAAGCGGUUCGGCGUCUUCGCAUCUGGCAUGCUAUUUAGAGGGAGAGGAAGGACGCCGAGGACGCUAGGAAAAGGCAAAGAAGAGCCACAAGGCCACAAAAGCUAGCGAGGCUUCGAGAGAGAAAGAGAGUAAAAAGCGUGGAGGGACGAGGAGAUGGAGAGAGUGGAGAGAGAGCGCGUGUGAGUCGUUGAGGCGGUUUCGGUUCGCGUGGCGUGCGAGCAAGCCCUUUGCUUUCCAUUAUAUAAUCCCCUCCUCCCUCCCUCCCCUCCCCCCUCCCUAACGACAGACACACCCAGCCGCAGCACCAGAUCGAGAAGGAGAUAUGGAUCGAGGGAGCAAGAAGAGAGGGAGAGAGGAGGCGGUGGCGGUGGUGUUGGCGGCGACGGAGGAAGAGAAGGAAGUUGUCGUCGGAGGGGUGGCGGCGGAGAUAACGAUGAGGAAGGGAAAGAGGCAGGAGAUAUCUGCGCCAUCGGCGUCGAGGGACGUGAUAUUCGAGGCCGGCGAUAUCUUCGAGAUCUCGGACGUGUACCGCCCGCCGGGGCUGUUCGAGUUCCCGUGGCAGAAGGAGGAGGACGGGGGGCUGCUCACGGCGGCGGCGGAGUCCGACGUCCGGGAUCUCCGGGACGUCUUCUUCUCGUCCCUCGUCGACGGGUGCUCCGCCACCAUCGGGUUCCCCGGCGACCGCCUCUCGCCGCCGCCAGGGCCAAUCGCAUUCCCGGGGGAUGAUGACGACGAGUCCUGGCCGUCCGAGGGUGACGACGAUGGCGUGGAUUGCAUCUGGAGCAUAGUGCUCCGCCAGCCGCUCACCGCCGUGUGCUGCAAGCGCUCCAGCCCUUGACAAACGCAAACAAGAGAAGGCCCUUUUUUUCUUUUUUACUCCUCCUUUUGUUUCCAAAUUUAGGCUUUUUCUUUUUACCUCCUUAUUUAGAAUCUUAGCUGUUGAGAUGUUGUUACAGGGAUGAUAACAUUUUAAGCUUGUUGUUUAAAUUUUACAAGGGACAUUUCAUUUGUAGGUGUAGAAAUCUUUUGUUCCAGAGAAGUUCAAGAAUUUUGUAGAAAAAUAUUGGAGAGCAAGUUUGAGGA